AUGUUUGUUGCACAAUACAGCUGGACGUCUGUUAGUGACUUCCUGAUACCUGUUCAGUCUGAAGACUGUCCUAAGGCGUUUCCCGGACGAGUAAUUCGACCAGGUCAAAUUGAUGUUGAACAAGUCCAUCAAUGGCUGCAACAAUGCAACACAGAACACGCGGGAACAUGCCGACAUCUCAAUACACCAGACUCAAACAAGCUUGGGAAUAUACUGGUUAUUGAUGUUGACGCUCAAUGCUUGAGAUUACUGCCAAACAACGGCCGAUUUAUCGCCCUCAGCUAUGUGUGGGGAGGUGUUGAGCAAGUCGAGACAACAAUGAGCAAUUUGGAAGAUUUUUGUGUUCCUGGUGCCUUUGGCCAAAUUGCACGUGGCAUUCCGAAAACAAUCAGAGACGCUAUGGAGUUUGUGAAGCAACUCGGGGAAAAGUUCCUUUGGGUUGAUGCUCUCUGCAUCAUCCAAGACGACUCAAGCACAAAGCAGCGAAUGAUUGAUCAUAUGAAUGUUAUUUACGCGAAUGCAUAUGCUACCCUAUUCGCCGCGUCUGGAGACAACGCUCAUGCCGGUCUACCGGGAGUUUCGCCGUCCUCUAGAACUAUUGAUCAGCCCAUGGCUACGGUAGCUGAUGGGCUGACUUUCCUUUAUCCAACUUCCUCUAAAGAAUUAAAGAAGUCAGCUUGGGCAACACGAGGCUGGACAUAA